UGCCUCUGGAUGUCUCCUUCUUCUGCUGCUUUGUGAUCCCAUGUACUAAUGUCGCAGCCUGCUUCCCUGGCUUCAUGUUUCCGCGACACUGCUUCUCUUGAGACCUCUUUUAAACCUCACUGCACUCCUUUUUGCUGCGUACUCGAGAAAGGAAGAUUUGUGUGAUAUUUAGAUUCGAGGAAGCUGUGUUGAAAGCGUUCUGGGUUUUAGUGAGUUACUUGAAUCCGAGAAUCGAGCUGCCCUUCAGCAGGGAAGAUAAUUAAAUAAGGCGGCUCUCGGCGGAGACGCAUUCUGCUGAAGAAUCGAAAACUGAUCGACAGAGUUGGAGAGGAGUAGGACACAAUGGCGGCGAUUUUAGCGACGGGGCAGGCAGCGAGCGUGGCCUGCUGCAGCAGCGCUAGGUUACCGCAGAGCAACGCAGCUGGAAGGGCGGGUCUGAGCUCUUCAUUCUUGAGGCUGGAAUCCACUGUCGCUGUGUCCAGCCUCAAUUCUUCUUUCCAUGGCCAUGCUUGCCUUGAUGUAUCGAAUUUCGGGAAGAGCGGCGUGGAAAUGCAAAAGGGGAGGGUCACCACGUGCAUGGCCUGGGGCGGUACUCUUGCUGGCGUGAGGCUCGUCAUCCAGGGCAAGCAUUUGGAGUUGACUGAUGCCAUCAAGCAGUACGUGGAAGAGAAAGUUGGCAAUGCAGUCCACAAUCAGAGUGCUCUUGUAAAGGAAGUUGAUGUAAGAAUGUCCGUCCGAGGCGGUGAAACAGGGCGCGGUGAAAGACUCCAAAGAUGUGAGGUUACGCUGUUUACCAAGAAGCACGGUGUUGUGAGAGCAGAGGAGGAGGCUGAAAGCAUGUAUGCGAGCAUCGACAGGGUUUCAGACGUCAUCUCAAGAAAGCUUCGGAAGAUUAAGGAAAAGGAUGGAGGCCACGGGCGCCCCGCCAAGUAUUCACCUCGCAUUGGGGAAGUCUUGUCUAACGAAGUUGUAGAUCUGGAUCCCAUUCUCGAGCGGAAGCCUGAUGAUUUACCUGACGAGGUGGUUCGUACGAAAUACUUUGAAAUGCGCCCAAUGAAGCCCCUCGAAGCUCUUGAACAACUGGUUAAUGUUGGCCAUGAUUUUUACGCCUUCCGAAAUGUUGAAAGCGGGGAGAUUAACAUCCUUUACAAGCGGACCCACGGGGGUUAUGGAAUAAUUGUACCCCGAAAUGAUGAGUCCUGGGAGGCUGGCAAUGGAGCAUCAAAAAUUAACUAGAAACGUCAGUGCCUAGAGUUCCACUGUAGAGUCAUUUCUGUGAAGAUCUAGUGUGGUCGAUUGUAAGCUUUUGUCCAGGGGGUUAACUUGCUAAGACUAGAGACUUAGAUCACAUCGUCGGAACUCACCGUAGGAAUUUUAUUUCUCUUGGUUCCCAGAUCUGCUUACAUCACAUUGCAUCUUGUAUCGUAUUCCACGGACUUCAACUUAUUCAGCCAACCUCAGAAUGUGCAGUUCCUCCAAAUAGAGAAAGCAUCGGGCUUUUCCCACUUAAAACCUCGCCGAAAUCUUGAAGAUACUGGCAGGAAGCAUUGUACACAAAGAAAAAUGGGAAAAAAAUGGAAAAAAUGAAAGUAUCACUUUUGGACAAAAACA